CGGCUCUGGGGCGAGCAAGAGCGGGUGUGCGGCUCUUGUCACCAUGAAUGAGUGCCACUACGACAAGCGGAUGGACUUCUUCUACAACAGGAGCCGCACGGACACGGCCGACGAGUGGACGGGGACGAAGCUCGUGACUGUCUUGUGUGUCGGGACAUUUUUCUGCCUCUUCAUAUUUUGUUCUAACUCCCUGGUCAUAGCCGCAGUGGUCACCAACAGGAAGCUUCACUUCCCCUUCUACUACCUGCUGGCUAACUUAGCCGCUGCGGACUUCUUUGCUGGAAUCGCCUAUGUAUUCCUGAUGUUUAACACUGGCCCAGUGUCAAAAACCUUGACUGUCAACCGCUGGUUUCUCCGGCAGGGGCUCCUGGACACAAGCCUGACUGCUUCUCUGGCCAAUUUGCUGGUUAUCGCGGUGGAGAGACACAUGUCAAUCAUGCGGAUGCGGGUGCACAGCAACUUGACCAAAAAGAGGGUGACACUGCUCAUUCUGUUGGUGUGGGCCAUUGCCAUCUUCAUGGGGGCAGUCCCCACAUUGGGCUGGAACUGCCUCUGCAACAUCUCUGCCUGCUCUUCCCUGGCCCCCAUUUACAGCAGGAGUUACCUCAUUUUCUGGACCGUGUCGAACCUCUUGGCCUUCUUCAUCAUGGUGGUGGUGUAUGUUCGUAUCUACAUGUAUGUCAAGAGGAAAACCAACGUGUUGUCUCCACACACGAGUGGCUCCAUCAGCCGCCGGAGGGCUCCCAUGAGGCUAAUGAAGACGGUGAUGACUGUCUUAGGUGCCUUCGUGGUGUGCUGGACCCCAGGUCUAGUGGUGCUGCUGCUAGAUGGCCUAAACUGCAAGCAGUGCAGCGUGCAGCACGUGAAGCGCUGGUUUCUGCUGCUGGCGCUGCUCAACUCCGCCAUGAACCCCAUCAUCUACUCGUACAAGGACGAGGACAUGUACAGCACCAUGAGGAAGAUGAUCUGCUGCGCCUCGCAGGACAGCAACGCGGAGAGACGCCCCUCGCGCAUCCCCUCCACCAUCCACAGCAGGAGCGAUACCGGCAGCCAGUACCUGGAGGACAGCAUCAGCCAGGGCCCUGCGUGCACUAAAAAUGGCUCCUAAACCUAGGACAUCUCUGCCCUCUUCCCCUGAGGAAAGAGCUGUUAAGAAUCCAAGCCUCUUAACAAAGCAUGUCUAAAUGCAUGGGCCAUGUUGUUUGAAGUCCCCCUGAAUCACUGACGGGGUUUUUAAAGUUUCAUUGUCAAGGAAGAUAAGAGUGAAAGUGAACAAAAAAAGGGAGACAAAGAGGGUUCCUGCUUGCGCGUGGACAGCUCAAUCCAUCCUCCAGCUCCCAGCUCUGCCGCCAUUGUCUUUGAGUUUUCGAUGAUAGCAUUGAAGGGUCUAGGUCAAAAGAAAUAGUAAAUAGCGGUACUAGAGUCUCCUUGUGUAACUGCCAGACUCUGUGUAGUUGUUCCUGCAUGCAUUUAAAGCUUUCAAAAAUGCUUUAGCAGUGGGCUUUGUUUUCCCCAAAGAAACCUUGGCCAGGAGCUAGGUGGACUGUAGGAAGCUGGGAAAAACCAGUACAGGCUCUGGAGUAAACUUGACUUAUUAUCAGAUGAACUUUCCGAGGAAAACCAUUUAUUGAAAUGAACACUGGAAAGGCGGACGUAUAGAAGCUCUUCUGGGGUGUGACAGCCUUUUGUCCUCUAGGUACGUGAAGCUACACGCUCUGCUUGGGUGUACACUCACCUCUACUUAUACAAUUCAGCUUUUUAAAAAACAGCGAGCUUAAUUCAGUGUCUCCUCGGCUUUCCAGUCCGAGCUAGUGGCUCUACAAAGCACCUUUGUAUUCUAAACAAGAAGAGGAAAAGCGUUCACUUCUAAACCGGCCUCUGCAUCGCAGAGUAAAAGAUGGUAUUGACAUGCAGGCUGGACCUCUUCCGAGUAAUGUGGACUGAGAGCAUGCGCAGAGCCCCAGCCUUGGCUACUGGACAACACUAGUAAACUUGCUGGGCUCUGUGCAAAGCAAUUGCGCAUCAGGUAUUUUACCCAAAGCUGCCAGCAUACUUUUUCUUAUGAACUGAAUUUUGAUUUGUAUUUUUUUUCCCUUUGAAAACCAAUGGAUGGCAGAUCAGUUGAAAACAAAAAUAUUGUUUCAUACACACAGGCUACUGACCAGCAUUUUUUAUGUAAGACAUUUAGAGUAUAUUCUGACUUAUAGUAAGAAUAACUUCAGGACCUGUACUAUAGUAUUUAUGUAGUUUGUAAAAGUUUACAUGUUUUCUUUUCUUUCUUUGCUUUUAUGAUAUGACAUUUAUGUGCACAAACUACUUUUAAUAAAAGAAUUUAAGAAGUUA